CAUAAAUAGGACACAUUCCAAAGAUAAGGCGUCGAUAUUCGUUUAUAUAUACGUUUUAAAAAAUUCAUUUCGAAUGCCUCUAAGCUUCAAAGUGUGCAGUACCUAACCUAAUUAUGUAUCCAUAAGCAAUAAAUCUGGUGGUUUUAUUUUAAUUUAAGUGUCUUUUAUGUGCGUUUUUAGAUAUAAUUUUGUAUUGUUCAGUUACAAUUUAGCUUAUAGACCAUAUACUUUUUAAGCAAAAAAAUGACCCUUCCUGUGGCGUUACUUAUCGCCAGCUACAACCACGAAUCAAUUUCCGAGGAAAUCCGAGAAAUCGCAGGAGAAACAAACUUGGCAUUGCUGGAAUCCCUAAGUUGUAAAUGUAGAGACCACUCAGAAAAAUCACGUUUAGUUCCACCUGGGCAAAGCUGCUCCUCUGACGGAUCAUCUCCGACUUCCGAAAUAGGGUCUGAAACAUCAGAAAAUAGCGUGAACACAACGAAAUCUUAUUCGUAUUUCUCGGAGAUAAAUCAAGUAGAAGAAAUAUUAGAUGGAGGAGUUUUCGUGGAGAAAACUGAUCAGGAUGUAGGCAGAAGUUUGAGGGUACUCAUCGACAUUGUGGAAAAUGUCACGUCUAGGAUGAAUGAUGGUUAUGGAGUUGAGGAGUUAGAGGUGAAAAUAAACUACCAAAACAGAGACUUAUUGGAUUUGGGAAAAAAUAUACAAGGUUCAUUUCCUCUGAGACACCCACCACUUCCAUUAGAUAAUAGUAAGCGAUACCACCCGAGGAUCUCGAUAUGUAAACAUUGUCCCGUGCCAGACUGUGCCUUUCAAGAAGUUGCUCUUAUACAUAUUUAGAUUUGACAACUUUGUAUUUUUUUACAUAAUUUCAAAAAGAAGAGAAACUUUUUAAGGAAUGUGAUUUUAUUGUAUUAGUAAAUUUCUAUAUUUUAUUUUGUAAGUACUGAGAUGAGUAUGUAGGUAUUUUUUUUGCAUGUAUUUUAAUACACGUUGUAUUGUAGUUAUAUGUUUUGACAAAUUUUAUAAUAAAUGAAAUUAUUAAGAAAUUUCUGCAACAAUUAAUUAGUUAAAUUAUAAUUAAGGACAAAAACAGUGUUGCUUAUAUAUCAAAUUGCAAUGAGUGAUUUAAUUUUUUUUAAAUUACGUCAACUGCCUCUAUAAAGUACCAGAAGAGUAAUAAGGUUUAUAAUAAUUUUUAUACUCUUAUAGACAUUGUUAAAUUUUAUGUGAUAUAUAAAUAAAGUACAGGUUAAUUA